AUGGAGUACCCUGUUGUCAUUGCCAUUGUGUUUUUAUUUAUCACCAAUUUUUUAAACUGGACUUCACAAUAUCAUGCAUCUAUUCGAGCCAAAUUAUUUUCAUCUAAUACCAAGUUAACCUCUGAAUAUAAGUCGAAGUUAGCCAAGAGACAUGAAUAUGUCUUAGAAAACAAUAGUAUCAGCGCACAGGACAACUAUGCCAAGUGGACCAAGAAUAACAGAGCAAUUUCCAAGUUAGAUAUCGAGUUGAAAAAAUUGAAAGAGUUAAUCUCACAGAAUGAUUCGGUAAACUUAAAAUUGUUUAAGAGAUUACGUUUGGUUGCUUUGACUGUUCCAUUUAUGGCAAUCAAAUUGUACUAUGGUAAAAAAAUUGUCUAUCGUUUACCAUUUGACAAUUUAUUCCCACAAAUUAUGACUCUCAUGGUCUCAAAAGGGUUUGCCUCUUUGGCUUUGUUACCCCUUAAUUACUACAAAUCAGGUGGUAAACUUGAAAGUAUCAGCGGAUUACCAAUCUGUUUGGGUAUCUAUGUGUGGGCUUUAACCAGUGUUUUGAAGAAUUUGGAAUUCCUGGUUAAGUUCAUAUUUUUUACCGAACCAGUCAUUAAACCUAAUCCACUAAGACCUACAACUACUACAGAAAGUAAAGAUUUGAAGAUCGAACAAGACUUGGUAGGUUUGGAUUAG